GGAUCUACCAACUGCCAUAACGUAAUGCGUGCGUUUGUCGCACUGCAUUAUGGUUCUUGUAGUCCGUUUCUGAUCAUCCUCUAUCCUGUAUUGUCGUCGAGCUGUGCCUGUGCUGCACAAUGAUGUCUUCGGGCAGCACAGUGUUGCAGACAGCUGAUUCUGGGAGCGGAGGAAACAAGAGGAUACCGUGUUCGUUUUACGGCUGUAAGCGGGUGUACUCAGACAUGACCGCUCUGGAAAGCCACAUCAAGGACCAUGACAUCCCAGCUCAGUCUCUUCCAGGAAAGGUCUUGCUGUGCUCCACUGUCGGAUGCAGUGGUUCCUUCCCCAACAUGCAGAAACUGAUGGAACAUAUGAGGCAUCAUCACAAACCCAACAUAUUCUUUCUGUGUGAAAACUGUCGCACAAAGUUGCGAUCCUACCGAGGCCUCCUGACUCACCUGCACACCUGUUCCAAAGUGUCGCGGGGCAAAACAAAGGCGACUGAACCGACGCCCCCCCUGCCUGCUGCGACCAACCCCAACGCGCCCUUCGCUGCCGUGGACCAGAAGCCCCCGCUGCUGGACUCCGUGUCCACACCCCAGCAACUACCCGCUCAAACCCCAAACCCGGACUCUUCCUUCCCCGCUGCUGAUCUGAAGCCGGACCCUGCUGCGCACGUUCUUCUCGGCCCCACCUUCCUGUCUAACCCGGAGACCUCCCCGCCCCCGCAGCUAACAGAGGCCGAGCCACAGCCUCCGAUCAAGAACGAGCCCUCUGAUCUGCCUGUAUUCUUCAACCUGGACGGCCCAGCAGCAGCUCCUGACUCACCUGAUGCCCAGGGCCAGCACCCGACACAGACCAGGUCUCCGGAGCCCGUCCAUCCUGCUUCAGAACCAGCUCCUCGCUCCCCACCUGGGGCCACCGUUGUCUGGAAGAAGGGUCAAGGUCUGUCCUGCAGCAGACGCAUCCUCUGGGAGCACACCAGGGGGCGCUACACGUGUGUGCAGUGUGGCCACAUGGUGACCAACCGCAAGGAAAUGACUCACCACAUCAGCACCAAACACAGCGGUAACAAACCCGCAGGAGACACAGGGAGCUCUGCCUACAACACGUAGUGUGGAGUAGGAGGACCCGUUUACUGAGCGAUGCUUUGUGGAAGCAAAUGUUGUCUUUAUGUUGUCCUCGAGGACAGAUGGGUUCCAUUUAGGGCAAUAUAUCAAAUUGCGAUUAUUUGUGACGGAUAUUGCGAUAGGAUUCAUGAUUUUGGAGGGAAUGAUAAUUUUUCUCAUUUUAAUUGAAAAAUAUAAAAGAAAAUGUAAAAAACUUAA